AUGGCCGAGAUUUCAAAGAUGACUAUUCAGGGAAUAAGGUCUUUUUCCCCUCGCGAGGAGAAGACUAUCAAGUUCCUUAAACCACUUACAAUCAUUGUCGGUGAUAAUGGCUGCGGAAAAACAACAAUCAUUGAAUGUUUAAAAGCAGGCUGCACGGGAGAUUUGCCUCCAGAGUGCAAUAGGGGUCAGUUAUUCGUUACUGACCCUACUUUUUACCCAGGCAAAGAAGUAAAGGGACAAAUUAAACUGGAGUUGUCCUGUUUGGAUGAAAGCAAAGUUCAUUGCGUACGUUCGUAUACGGUAAGAGCUACUGGAACUAAGCUUGUUUUUCACUCGCUAGAUCAAACGGUAAAGAUUGUGGACAAGAAUGGAAACACAGCUGCGGAUAGCAAACGUGUAUCGGAUAUUAGUCAGCAGAUUCCAAGACUUUUGGGAAUGUCGCGAGCCAUUAUCAACAACGUGAUUUUCUGUCAUCAGGAAGAAUCGAACUGGCCCUUGUCAGACCGACUUGAGCUAAAGAAACGAUUCGAUUCGAUUUUCGAAAGUACGUAUUACACAAAAUCGCUCGAAGCCCUGAAAAAGGAGCGAAAAGAAAAGGUUUCAACCCGCGGGGGAAAGUAA